AUGACUAUUUUGUACUCUUUAACAGCUUCUAAUAUUGCGGCCAUCAGUUCUAGCUCGGAUUCAUCCGUUCAGAAUGAAAAAAAGUCAAUCACACUUGCUGCUCUUCCCUCGAACUCAAGCUUAGAUCAGGGUUCUGCUUCAAAGCGUCCCCGUAUGUCAUUUCUUGCAUCUCGUGCUCCGAUUCCAUCUGCCGCCGCCCUUGCUGCAGUGCCUACUGCUAAUUUAGACGCGGACGAUCCCUGGGAGGAGGACUACGAUGAAGAUGAGGUAGCGACUGCUCCUAAAAAACCCACCCUCGAAGGGGAAGAAGACGAUGACGCCACUGAUGACGAAGAAGAGGAUGAAGAGGCAUUACUGAUGGAAUUAGCCAAAAUUAAGCGUGAGCGCGCAGAGGAGAUCGCAAAACAAGCAGCCGAAAGAAGGGCAGCUGAGGAAACUAUCAGGAUUGAUAAUAUUUUGCGUGGAAAUCCGUUAUUGACUCGCAAUGACAAUCCAACAGAAUUUAAGGUCAAAAGACGAUGGGAUGAUGAUGUUGUCUUCAAAAAUUGUGCCAGAGGCGAAAUCGAUCAUGCUAAGCGUGGAUUUAUCAAUGAUACUCUGCGAUCAGAGUUUCACAAAAAAUUUAUGAAGAAGUAUAUCCAUUAG